GCUUGUGGAUUGUGGCGACUGAUUACCCCAAACGCCAAAACUCUCAUUCACUUCUCUCAUCACACCCAUUUGUUCAUCUCUCUGUCUUUCUAGAGAGAGAAAAUCCGAGUACAGAGAGAGAGAGACACACACACAGAGCCUAACAAUGGCUGAAGGAGGAGGCUGUUGUCCCCCGAUGGAUCUGUUCAGGUCCGAGCCGAUGCAACUCGUUCAACUCAUCAUCCCUAUCGAGUCCGCUCACCUCACCGUCUCCUACCUCGGCGACCUCGGUCUUCUCCAGUUCAAAGACCUCAAUUCAGAUAAGAGCCCAUUUCAGAGAACUUAUGCCACUCAGAUAAAAAGAUGUGGAGAGUUGGCACGCAAACUACGGUUCUUCAAGGAUCAGAUGUCGAAGGCAGGGUUCUCUCCAAAGACACCUACAACUCGAGCUGAAAUCAAUUUGGAUGACCUAGAGGUUAAACUUGGUGAACUUGAGUCAGAGCUGAUUGAAAUGAAUGCAAAUAGCGAGAAGUUGCAACGUUCUUAUAAUGAACUUGCAGAGUAUAAACUUGUCCUGCAGAAGGCAGCUGAUUUUUUUCACUCAGCUCAUAGCAGUGCCCUGGAGUUGCAGAGAGAAUCUGAAUCACGUCAAGCAGACGAUUUGCUGGAAACCCCUCUAUUAUUAGACCAAGAAGUAUCAACUGAUUCAUCCAAGCAAGUGAAGUUGGGGUAUCUCACUGGCCUUGUUCCUAGGGAAAAGUCAAUGGCAUUUGAGAGGAUAUUAUUUCGUGCUACUAGGGGUAAUCUUUUUCUGAAGCAGGCCACAUUGGAGCAUCCUGUUACUGAUCCCAUUUCAGGAGAAAAGGUUGAGAAAAAUGUUUUUCUGGUUUUCUACUCUGGAGAAAGAGCAAAGAACAAAAUUCUUAAAAUAUGUGAAGCAUUUGGUGCAAAUCGUUAUCCUUUUACUGAGGACCUGGGCAGACAAGUUCAAUCCAUCAAUGAGGUUUCAGCAAGACUCUCAGAGCUGAAGACUACUAUUGAUGCUGGACUGCUGCAUCGUGGCAAUUUAUUACAGACUAUUGGAGAUCAAUUUGAGCGGUGGAACCUUGUGGUGAGGAAGGAUAAAUCCAUAUAUCACACUCUAAACAUGCUUAGCCUUGAUGUAACAAAAAAAUGUCUUGUGGCAGAGGGGUGGAGUCCAAUAUUUGCAACAAAGCAGAUCCAAGAUGCGUUACAGCGGGGUGCUUAUGACUCCAACUCACAAGUCGGAGCUAUUUUCCAGGUUUUGCAUACAAAAGAGUCACCUCCAACUUAUUUUCGCACAAACAAGUUCACUACUGCUUUUCAGGAAAUUGUUGAUGCAUACGGGGUGGCAAAGUACCAAGAAGCAAAUCCUGGUGUAUAUACAAUUGUUACAUUUCCGUUUCUUUUCGCGGUCAUGUUUGGUGAUUGGGGCCAUGGAAUAUGUUUGUUAUUGGCAACACUGUAUUUUAUAGUCAGGGAAAAGAAACUUUCUACCCAGAAGCUUGGAGACAUCACGGAGAUGACCUUUGGUGGUCGAUAUGUCAUUUUGAUGAUGUCAGUUUUCUCGAUCUACACAGGUUUGAUUUACAAUGAGUUCUUCUCUGUCCCAUUGGAACUGUUUGGUCGCUCGGCAUAUGCUUGCCGUGAUCUUUCUUGCAGAGAUUCUACUACAGAGGGUUUGAUCAAAGUGCGCCCUACUUAUCCAUUUGGGCUUGAUCCUGUAUGGCACGGUACCCGCAGUGAGCUGCCAUUUCUCAACUCUUUGAAGAUGAAGAUGUCCAUUCUCAUUGGGGUGACUCAAAUGAACCUUGGAAUCAUAAUAAGCUAUUUUAAUGCCCUGUACUUUAAGAAUAGUAUCAACGUUUGGUUCCAAUUUCUUCCCCAGCUGAUAUUUUUAAACAGUCUUUUUGGCUAUCUCUCUGUUCUCAUCGUUAUGAAGUGGUGCACUGGUUCACAAGCUGAUUUAUACCAUGUAAUGAUAUACAUGUUCCUGAGUCCUACAGAUGAUUUAGGUGAAAAUCAGCUCUUUCCUGGGCAGAAACUAGUACAGCUCGUGCUAUUGUUUCUGGCUCUUGUUGCUGUACCUUGGAUGCUUAUUCCGAAGCCUUUUCUCUUGAAGAAGCAACACGAAGCCAGGCACCAAGGUGAAUCCUACGCCUUACUCGAGACCACAGAGGAGAGCUUGCAAGUAGAGUCAGCCAAUGGUUCCCAUGGUGGCCACGGGGAGUUUGAGUUCAGUGAAGUUUUUGUCCACCAACUUAUACACACCAUAGAGUUUGUCCUUGGUGCUGUCUCAAACACCGCUUCAUACCUUCGUCUAUGGGCACUGAGUCUCGCUCACUCGGAGUUGUCAAGUGUCUUCUACGACAAGGUUCUGCUUCUUGCUUGGGGGUUCAACAAUGUCAUCAUCCUUGCAGUGGGGAUCGUGGUGUUCAUCUUCGCAACAGUCGGGGUUCUGCUAGUGAUGGAAACUCUGAGCGCUUUCCUACACGCAUUGCGUCUUCACUGGGUCGAGUUCCAAAACAAGUUUUACGAAGGAGACGGUUACAAGUUCCAGCCCUUCUCAUUCUUAGUGACUGAGGAGGAAGAUGAUUGAUAGAGAAUUGAAAAUGGUAUAAAUAUCUUAAAAGUACACUACUGAGGUGGAUUUUGCGUGUGGAUAGGCAAUGGAUUUGAUUCUUUGAUUUGUAAUUUGAUGAGUUAAGUUAGGCAAUUGGGGGUCGUAAUUGAAUUAUUCAAAUUGUUGGGGGAGGAAAGAAGAUUAUAGGAGCUUUUACUCCCCACUCCCUUUUGCUUGUUUAUUUAUUAUUGAAAAAGGAAUAAGCAGUUCUUAGGCCUGUGGCUUUGAUGAUAUGUGGUAGCGUUAUUUGGCCGUAUUGUAUCAAUAAAUUAUCCAUCCAACUAUUUAUAUAAAUAAUAUUUACAUUAUUAACA